AUGCGUCCGCCUAUGCGCUCGAGCAUAGCGUGCCUCCGAUGUCGCAAAUCCAAGAUCAAGUGCGAGAACAACGGUGGCUCGAGUCCGUGUGAUGGCUGCAUCAAGACGGGAAAACAAUGCAUCUUUCAGCCGCCAGAAGGGAAUCCUCCACCCCCGAAGCGGAACGAACCACCCGUCGUCGCGAAAACGGACCGUGAAGGAGGCUCUGACCGGAAGCGACUGAAGCGUAUCGACGAGAUCGCCAAGUCCGACGGCCAGAAAGGCACCACAUACGCCGAGGAGGUGCUGUCUGCGCCGUUUCUCACCGAGGAUGUGUGGGAUCAGGUGCUCGAUCUAUACAAGCUGCAUUUCGCACCAGAGCUGCCUUUCUUGCAUUUGCCGACGAUGAAGGAGAAGCUCGGUCGUAGAUUCAGGUCACCUGGUCCCACCGAUGUGUCUCCGGAAUUCAACUUGGUACUCCUGGGUGUCCUUGCUUUGACAGCGCGGUUCCAUGUAGACUUGGUCAAAUACCUGGCACACAUUACCAAUAAUCAGCCGGGAAAUGUGCGGUCGCGGCCCAUGCAAACACAAGUCGACCCUUCUACCGCCUCCGAUUACUACGCCGAGAUCCUGAGUAUGGCCCUGGGCCCGAUUCCCAAGACCGCCUCUGUUGAGCGGGUACAAGCUAUGCUCAUGCUUGGGCUUUAUGAAUGGGGACAGACGAGACCAAAACCAGGAGGCCUCGGCGCCUGGAUGUCCAUAGGUGGUGCCAUUAGACUGGCUCAGUUCCUCAAGCUCGGUCUCGUGGAUGAACCGACCGAGUCAGCAAACGCUCGUGCCGGCCAAGAUCCUUCCCAAGAAUCGCACUUGAUCCUCGAACGUGAAGUUAUGCGGCGCACCAUGUUUGGAUGUUUUGUGCUAGACCGCAUGCUCGCGUGUGGAAAAGGCAGGGUCACCAUGAUUCAGCGUGAGGAUCUCUGCAUUCAGCUGCCCUGCUCGGAGGAUAAGUUUGACCUUGCGAUCGAGGUCAAUACGGGGAUGCUGCCCUCGCGUGGUUUCGAGCAGGACGAGCGUCGCGAGAUCAACGACGACAGCGUGCUGAGCAGAUUUAUCCGUCUGGUCGACAUUUGGGGUGAUAUCUCUCGGUAUAGUUCAGAUGGCGGUCGUCUGACGGAGAAGCACCCGCCCUGGGAUUCGCGGACAACUUUUUACAAGCUCAACCAGCGGCUUCAGCAAUUUGAUGCAUCUCUCCCCGGAACAUUCAAAUUCUCGGAAUCCAACUACCGGAGACAUGAGAACCAUCAGGCCUCGAGUGCCUACAUUCUUCUCCACGUCUUGCGGUGCAUUUCUCUGAUCAUGUUGCAUCGGGAGUACAUUCCCUUCGUUCCCAUACGAUGUAAAGGGCCUGAAGGGCCACGCGACGAGCCGACAUUUCCCAGGAAAGAGUAUGAGUGGCCACAAGGCUUUUGGAACGAGAGCGCCGAGCACGUGUUCCGAGCCGCGAAGGAUAUUGUCGAGCUCAUCGAGAUAUGCGAGCGCAAAAAUCGCCUCCCCCAAUCCACCCUUGUACUCUUUGGCAUAUGGACCGCCGCCUUCGUUGGGCUUUAUGCGCAUCAUUUUCCUCAGAUGGAUGAGAAACAGCACAUGAGGGGAGAGCAGAUUCUGCGAAAGACGGAUUCUUCCAUCCCGAUGGUUUACCAGCAUGGACCUACUGCGGUUGCAUACAAUACCCUUGAUAAGAUGUCGACAUGGCUGAAGAUGGCGUCCACGUACGUCUCUAUACUGCUCCAGAUGGAAAAGUACUUUGUCGACAUCAAACAAGAAUUCUACAGGCACGAGGAGCAGAAUCGGACAGAUCUGACCGAGACAGCAAGAAUAGCUACCAAGAGGGUGCGCGAUGGUGGUUCGGGUGGCGGUCUGGAGGAGUAUGAGCUGUUGCGGCCACAGCUCAAAGAUUUCGGUGCUCUCAACCCAGCUGACUCUGACAGAUCACGGGCAAACCGCGCCUCGUCGAUGGGGGCCGAUAGCCAGGGCCCGAUUUGCACACCAAACCUUAUUCUGCCCAACCCGGCAGAACCUGGGGGCGUGACGAACAGCGCGCCAUCUGAGGCCCACCCAGAGGUGUGGAGAUAUUCGGAUGGUUCUCAGGCACGCAUAUUACAGUCUCCAACGCAUGGAGGAGAGAUGCCUGGUAGCGGAACAGCAGGCCAGGUCGGACUCCACGUUAAUGAGAGCAUGUUCGCAGAUGCCCUGACAACGGAUCAGCUCCAUGCGCACGAGAACCAACGCAUGCACUGGGAUGUCGACGCCUGGCUCUGUGGUGAUCUCGGCGACCUACCGGGACAUUUUUGGCCGCAGAACACCCCCAAAUAA